AGUCAGAUUUCAGUGUUUGAAGGAGUCUGGACGAACUGAGACUGCCUUUGUUCACGUGGAGCUCCUCGCAGUCCCCGGUGGGCGUGCAAGAGAGAGAGAGAGAGAAGAGCGCAACUGUUUGGAUACUGAUCGAGCGAGUGGAGUCUCACUAACGGGACCCCUGAACUUUGCGACAUGGGUCGUGCAAGUGUUUCAUCGUUGAGAAUCCCGCUGUGGUGCUGGAGUAUUAUCACUUUGGGCAUCUUUUCUCCUGGGAUUGCCUUCCAGCCCUUUGAGUCCGAGAUGGGCUCUAGUGGACGACUGGACCUAACAGAGCUCAUCGGCGUACCCUUGCCUCCCUCCGUCUCCUUCAUCACUGGCUUUGAGGGCUUCCCCGCAUACAGCUUUGGUCCAGAUGCUAACGUGGGCCGCCUCACGCGCUCCUUCAUCCCUGACCCUUUCUUCCGCGACUUUGCCAUUAUUGUAACAGCCAAACCCACCACUCACCGUGGAGGAAUCCUUUUCGCCAUCACCGAUGCCCUGCAGAAGAUUGUUCACUUAGGAGUAGCAUUAGCACCAGUGGAAGAUGGAUCACAACGGGUGGUUCUUUACUACACCGAACCCGGUGCCACACACACUGAGGAGGCUGCUUCGUUUAAGAUGGGGGAUCUUACAGGAAGAUGGGCAAGGUUUACGCUGGCUGUACAGGGAGAAGAAGUGAAGCUGUAUAUGGACUGUGAGGUGCACCACAGAGUAGCGUUCCACAGGGGCCAGGACAGACUCACCUUCCAGCCCAGCUCGGGGAUCUUCAUAGGGAACGCUGGAGGCACCAGACUAGAACGCUUUGUGGGCACUAUCCAGCAGCUGGUUUUGACUCUGGAUCCAACCGCACCAAAUGAACAGUGUGAGGAGGAUGACCCCUACGCAUCAGGUUACGGCAGUGGUGAUGACACCUAUGAUGACACUGAGACUGGCGAAGAAGUGAAGAAAUUAGUUGAAGAGAAAGAAUAUACAGUGCCAGAGGAUUUUGAGGCCACCCCAGUGAGAGCACCCCCGACUGAAAUUCCACUACUUGAAGCUGAAACAGAUGAUGAAGACUUGGAAGAAGGCUCUGGGGAGGAAAUAAAAAUCGAAGAGGCAAAAGAGCCAAUCAGAUCUGAGGGAGCCACUCAAGACAGAAAUGUCAUUACCAUGCAGAAAGGAGAAAAAGGAGACAGAGGCCUGCCAGGCCCGCCAGGACCCCCCGGAGCACCAGGUCCAACCAGUCCAUCUGACCCAUCUAAGGAAGGUUCUUCUGGAACAGGAGAGCCAGGACCCAGGGGCCCACAGGGGCCAACGGGACCUGUGGGAGCACCGGGGAAAGACGGCGGUCCAGGGAAAGAUGGAGCCGCUGGAGAGGUUGGACCUCGGGGAUUCCCGGGCCUUUCUGGAGAUCCAGGUCCCAAAGGAGACAAGGGCGAUCCAGGAGUGGGCCUUCCAGGGCCACCAGGACCUCCCGGGCCACCAGGGCGUCAAGGGACAUUUAAGUAUUCGGACAGCAUUGAUGGCUCAGGUUCAAGCUUUGUGGACAUUGACAGUGACACAGAGGUGAUAAGGGGUCCCCCUGGGCCACCAGGACAGCCAGGCCCUCCAGGGCCUUCUGUUGGAGUUCAUCCGGGGCCAGUCGGGCCACCAGGAGUUCCUGGAAAAGACGGGAAGAAUGGGGAGAUGGGUAAACCUGGAAUUCCGGGUGCAGAUGGACAAGACGGUGAACCCGGCAAAGACGGAGAAAAAGGGCAAAAAGGUGAACUAGGGUUACCUGGACUCAUCGGACCAAAGGGGGAUCCAGGUCAGCCAGGGGUCCCAGGACAGCCAGGACCUGAAGGUCCCAAGGGGCAACCAGGCCUUCCAGGGCCUCCCGGGCCUCCUGGACCACCAGGAAAAAUCUUUAGCUUUGACAUGAUGGAAUCUGAAGGGUCAGGUCUGGAUGAAAGCAGCAGUUUCAGGCCUCUACUGCCCAGAGGACCACCUGGUCUUCCUGGUCUCCAAGGCCCACCAGGACCACAGGGCAAAGAUGGCACCAACGGUCCACCGGGUGCUUCAGUGAAGGGGGAACCAGGCCCAAAAGGAGCUGAUGGACAACCUGGGUCAUCUGGAUUGCCUGGACCACAAGGGGAAAAGGGAGAGAAAGGUGACAUGGGUCAGAAGGGAGAGAGGGGCCUGGAUGGAAUUAGUCUCCACGGACCCCCAGGGCCUCCUGGACCCCCAGGACCAGUCAUCAAUCUGCAUGAUUUAAUACUCAAUGACACAGAAGGAAUUUUUAACCUCUCAGGAAUUUUUCAACCACAAGGUCCAUUGGGACCAAGAGGUCCAAAGGGUGAUCCUGGGGUCCCAGGGGUCCAGGGGCCUCCGGGUGUAAAGGGUCAGAAAGGAGAACCAGGUUUUACAAUUCCAGAUGGAGUACUGAUGUCUGGAAUUACUGGGCCACAGGGACCAAAAGGACUUAAGGGAGAAUGUGGUGUUCCUGGACCACCUGGAAAUAUGGGACCAAUAGGUCCGAUUGGAGCAAAGGGGGAAUUUGGAUUUCCAGGACGUCCAGGUCGUCCUGGAAUUAAUGGACGUAAAGGAGAAAAAGGAGAGUCAACAGGAUUACCUGGUCCGCCUGGUCCUCCCGGCCCACCAGGAUGUCCAGGAAUAUUCAGCUGUCCUAAAGGAACAGUGUUUCCGGUUCCUCCUAGACCUAACUGCAAAAUACCCGUUAAUGGAGAUUCUACACAAGGGGGAGCUAGCUGCUCAUCAUCAGGAGCCAAAGGGGAAAAAGGGGAGAGGGGUGUCCCAGGAUUACCAUCUUCCUCAGGCCAUACACUGGAAACCAAAGUUACGGGUGAUAAAGGUGACCUUGGCUUUAGGGGAGAGAAAGGAGAAAAGGGUGAAGCCGGGAUGCCGGGGCUACCUGGGGUCCCUGGAAAACCUGGCUUGGUGGGACCUAAUGGGGAAUCUUUUGUUGGACUGCCUGGUCAUCCAGGACCACGAGGACCCCCUGGUGCACCAGGUUUUGGGAGAACUGGUGUUGCUGGUCCUCCUGGUCCACCAGGACCACCGGGCCCACCUGGACAAUACAGUUCUGGCGUCAUGAUCCCUGGCCCACCUGGGCCUCCCGGGCCCCCGGGAAGAGCCUCUGAUACCUCAGGCACUGUCAGGAAAUAUGCAAGUCUUCAAGCCCUGAGACAGCAGACUCAUGUGGUUGAGGAGGGAACAUUGUCCUUUGUUACUGAUACGGGUAAACUCUAUAUUAAAGUGCCAGGAGGCUGGAGAGAAAUUCAGCUUGGUGGACUGAUUGAGAUGUAUCCUUCCCCUGUCUUCUCACAAGAUGAUGCCGAGCCACUAAUGCUGACCCCUCAACUCACAGGAAUCCACACAGGAAGCGCGCUCAGGUUGGUGGCUCUCAACACACCAUUGACCGGAAACUUGGGCUCCAUCCAUUCAGUUAACAAGCUUUGCAAGACUCAAGCUCAAGCCAUGGGCAUCCGAGAUGAUUACAAGGGCUUCCUGUCUCAUCAUUUUCAGGACCUGAUUGACAUAGUUCAGCCAAUGUACCGUACAAGCAUGCCAAUUGUUAACCUAAGGGGCGAGGUCCUCUUCAAGAACUGGAAGAGUAUCUUCUCUAACCAUCUCCUCCCUCCCGGCAUCCCUCUUUAUUCUUUCGAUGGGCGAGAUGUGAUGAGUGACCCCUUCUGGCCUCAAAAGGCUGUAUGGCACGGAUCUUCGGAGAGAGGCAAGCGGCUGGAUGCUUUGAACUGUGAGUCCUGGAGAGCCGGUGACAUGGCCAUUACCGGUCAAGCAUCCUUUCUCUACAGCGGCUUACUAAACCAGCAAACCCGCAGCUGCUCCAACCACUUCAUCGUCCUGUGCAUUGAAACCAGCCAUGACCACAAAACCAUUGAAGAACUCCAGAAGGCACAGUAUCGCCACAGAAGAUGGUAUUACAGAUACUAAGACCCUCUGUUACCGGCUCACUGGAAGAUGUACAUUUUUUGGACAGAGAUGCCAUGACAGAACUCUAGCAGAGUUCAAAAGUCCAAUGACCAAAGAAUCUCUGGCUUUUGGCACAAGAACUUACAAUCAAAGCCAUCUUUCUAGAAUGUAAAGUGUAUUGUCCCUUUCCCAAUGUUGGACAUUUGGGGAUUGGCCAUUUUUAAGACAUUUUGAUGCACUGUACUUUUCAUAUUGAAUUUUUGGUGUUGAUUUUCCAAAACAACCAAGGUCUUUUAAAAAAAAUCAUGCCAUUUAUUUGUUUGUUAUUCUGUUCAUAUUUAAUUUAAUUUCCGUGUUUUAUUUAUACAGUGGCCGCACGUCAUUUAAAAAAGUCAAGUGAGUAAGGAUAAAUGUGUAAUUUAUGAUUCCAGCUGUUCAAAUGAAUUAUCAUGCCAUUUUGUUUUUCUGAUUUAAUCAAACUACAGUCUUCAGGUCAUACAGUAUUUGACUGCAUUGUCUUCAUAAGUUCUUCACAAGACAGAUAAUCAAGGCACCCUUUUCUGUAGAUUUUUUUUUUUUUUUUAACAAAGAAAUGUAAGCAUUGUUUUUUUCUAUUGAAUAA